GUGGUCACUGUGUGUGAGAGGUGGGGGGAAAUCAGAGAGUGGAGGAGAGAGAGGGAGCUGGUGUCUUCUCUGUGAGCAUUUAACAUCAGCUACGUUUCAGAAGAAUCCCUGCCACCACAGCCUUGCAGUCAUCCAGAGAGCAGGAUGCUCAAGGCAGAUGAAGGGAUGGGAAGAGAGACUGCUCUACACGAAGGGAAGUGCCUCAGCAGCAUUCACAAGGUACAGUGUUUGAAUUCCAGCAUGAAGCUCAGCCAUGGGAGCAAAGUCAUUUCCAUCCUCAAAGACAGAGGCAGCAGCAGCAGCAGCAGCAGCAGGCAGCUGCAUCAGGGAAAUAUUCUGGUUCAGUGCGGCAUGUGACUGAUGGGCAGCUAGAAAGUUUCAGAACCUUCCAACGAUCCCUGCAUCAUCCUCUGGACCUACAAUAUAACAUCUGCUCUAAUUUUCAAACCUCUGGUUUUCUGACCACACUCCCUGGCCUUAAAGGAUGGGUGAUGGGCCUGUAACUGACCGCACCCACCUGCCCCAUCCUACCCUUCAAUGGAGCCGACGUCGAACUCCUCCCACACGUCUCCACAGCCAACAUCCAACCUGUCUGCCUCAUCUCUGCCUGAAGGCUGGGCCUUGUCCCAGGCACUAGCCCUGCUAGCAAUGCUGCUAAUGGAUCUGCUGGCUGUGGUGGGCAAUGUGGCUGUCAUGGCUGUGAUUGCCAAGGCCCCACAGCUCCACAAGUUUGCCUUUGUCUUCCACCUGUGCAUGGUGGACCUCAUGGCAGCUCUGGUGCUGAUGCCCCUCGGCAUGCUGUCGAGCCGGGCCUUCUUUGGGGAGGCUCUUUGCCGGAGCUACGUCUUUCUUAGUGUGUGCCUAGUCAGCGCUGCCAUUCUCUCCAUCUCCGUCAUUAACGUGGAGCGAUACUACUACAUCAUACAUCCCCUGCGUUAUGAAGUGAAGAUGACUGUUGGUCUGGUGGCUUCAGUAUUGGUGGGGAUAUGGGUCAAAGCUCUGGCCAUGUCUGCUCUGCCGCUGCUUGCUUGGUUCCUGCAAGGUGGAAGGACUCCUCUUUUGGAAAGUGGCGGGGUUGGGGGAGGUGGUGGAGGGGCCAUUCCACCUCCCCCUGCGGCUCAGGGUCAUAGGCGCUGCUCCCUUCACUGGACUGGAGGAGGGUCAAACCGCCUAGCCUUCAUGGUCCUGUUCACUCUGGUGUAUUUCCUCUGUCCGCUGUUGGUUAUUCUGGUUGUUUACUGCAACAUGUUCAAAGUUGCUCGGGUGGCAGCCAUGCACCAUGGUCCGCUUCCCACUUGGAUGGACACGCCACGACGGCAGCGGUCAGAGUCGCUCAGCAGCAGGUCUACAAUGGUCACCAGCUCUGGGACAGGCACUGGCACGGACAGAACGACUCCACAUCGACCCUUUGGGGGAGGAAAAGCUGCGGCUGUUUUGGCAGCUGUAGGUGGACAGUUCCUCUGCUGCUGGUUGCCCUACUUCACUUUCCACCUGUACUCAGCACUAGCUGCCAGUCCACCCGCUGCGCUAGCCUCUCUGGAGGAGGUGGUGACCUGGAUCGGCUACUUCUGCUUCACUUCCAACCCCUUCUUCUACGGCUGCCUGAACAGACAAAUCCGUGAUGAGCUAGGCAAGCAUCUGCCUUGCCUCUUUCGCAGAACAGGCGUCGAAAUGGAGGACAGACUGCCAAGCCGUGACGGUUCCAUAGAGGAGAAUUUUCUUCAGUUUCUUCAGGGCACUGCCUGUAACCUGGAUCCUCAAAACUCUCAAAGCACUUCAAGUCCUAAAGUGGGAGAGGCCUGUUGCCCUGUUGCUCAGUGCCAAUCAACUGAGAUAGCACAACCCAUUCCCAUUGAUUUUCGCAUCCCUGGACAGAUUGCAGAGGACACUUCAGAGUUUAUUGAGAUUGAACAGGCAAAAAACAACCACAUAUUUACAGACAAUUAAAUCUUUGUUGCUGUCGAUCAAAAUUGCAGAUAUGAAAGUUCUUUCAGGAAAUUCUCCCUUUUCUACUUUUGUUUAAGAUGGAUGUUAGUUUGACCCUGCAGGUUUUAACCAUGUUUUUUCAGCUUAUAGUGACGAGUUGAUGGUGCCUUGCAAAACUAUAUAUACCUAUUUAACUUUUGGACAUUUCCUUGCGUUACAACUACAAUAUUUAUACAUAAUUUAUCACAAUAACCCUAGAAAAUAGCUUGUGGAGUGGAGGGAAAAGGGUAUAAAUUGAUUUAAGUUUCUGUCCUUCUUUUCUCUGCCUAAAAUAACCUAAUUACAUUUAAAAAAAAAAACAAGUUUACCCCCAGAGUUAAAUUAGAUUUUUUUUUCUUUAUAAAUCCAACUGUUCUGAGAAGGUCUGUUGGAGAAUAAACAUCAUCAUGAGAACAAAUAAACACAGCAGAUAUAUCAGGGAGCCAGUGGUGAAGAAGUUUAAGGCAGAGUUAAGUUUACCUGAAGAACGAUUCAAUCAACCAUCCACAAAUGGAAAGAGCAAGAGUAGGAAACUGGAACCAGUGGUUGCAGAGCCCUGGUUUAAACCGACAGGUGGAGGGAAUAGAACCCGGUACCUCUUGAAAGGGUACAGUAAUGCAAAGGUGGGGUCGGAGGAUGUGCUGACAUGGAAACUCUUUGUUGUUCAAUUAAAAAAACAUAUAAAAUCCAUGGCAGAGGUGAAAAGAAAGCCAGUAGAGAUAAUUCAUGUUUACCACAAGCUGUGUGAAGAAGAUGUUCUAGUCAAUUCAAAAUAUCACUUUUUUUGGCUAAUAUGCAUCAGCAAUGUACACAGAACAAUUAACAUUUCUCU